UGCGUGUUCCUUAGAAUUGUAGAAGCCCUUGGUCAUUAUGAUGAUUAUUUCCAGAUGAGGGUUGAUGCAACUCGAAAGAAGGGUCUUUCACCAUUACAAAAAUGCACAGCUGCAAUUCGUAUAUUAGCAUAUGGAUCAAGUGCUGAUAGUACAAAUGAUUAUGUUCGAAUUGGUGAAAACACUACUGUGGAAUGCUUAGAGAGAUUUGUAUAUGGUGUGUGCAACAUAUUCGAAACUGAAUACCUUAGGAGGCCUAAAAAUGAAGAUGUUGAACGACUACUUCAAAUGGGGAAUGCACGUGGCUUUCCAGGUAUGUUAGGCCCUAUUGAUUGUAUGCAUUGGGAAUUGAAAAAUUGUUCAUUUUCUUUGAAAGUACAAUUUUGUCGAGGUGAUCAUGGCAAACUCACAAUUAUGCUUGAAUCUCGACUACCGAUGUAUCUAUUGGUCCUCAUUCUAUUUUUACUGCAACAUACUUACAAAGGAGGGCACAUCUUCGUGAUAGACAACAACACCGACAACUACAACACAACUUGGUGGAACAUAUUUGAGAACCUUAAGAAAGUUGCAUUUUAG